ACUCGCUCUAACACUCUCUCACAUGGCAGAGCCACCUUCAUAAAUCAGUUGACAUGCGAGAUCUGCAGUGAAAAUCUUAGAUGUUUCAGUCAGAUCUGCCUUUUCUCGCAGUAGCGGCCAUUAUUACCGAAGGUUGUUGAUCACUCGAUCAACGAGUGCAAGCCCAUGUCUUUGGUGUGUGCACGCAAGCUUAUGGGAAGCAUGGUGACACAAUGGAGGCGUUAGUAGUCCGUCGUUGACAGCUACUGGUUCAGUGGGCUCCGCGGCGGACACAGAUAUAACAUAGAGGGCCGACAAACAGAGAGACUGUCAUGGCGUUCCUAUGUCCCAGCAGGCUAGGUGGCGGCAAGGAGAAGAGGAAAAAGAAAGAGAGGGAACCACUGUUUGGUCGGAUCACCGGCAGUGAUAGUGUGGACACACUGGUGCGAGUUGGCAUGGAGAAGCAGCAUGGACUCUGUCCAGACUCCAAGAUGGUGACGGUUCGCGGCUUCACGGCGUGUGCAGAUAGAGAGCUCAGCCUCGACCAGGGCCAAGCAGUUUACGUCUUGUACAAGGAGAAUGGUUGGGCAUAUGUCCUCACAGAAGAUAACAGAGAGGGUUUUGUCCCAUUGUCCUAUAUAGCUGCGUGUGCCAGUUCCAAUGCUUGUAGGUCCGUUUCUCCGCCCCUGCAGGAUGUGUCCGAAGAGCUGACAGUAAGAGAAACGGACCCAUUCUCUAUCGCGGCGGUGUCUGAGUCUCGGUCAUCUGAUUCUCAAAGUAGCAUUUUCGCCUACCGGAAGCAGUCAUACGGCCGCUAUGUAGUAGUGUUCGACUUCAAUACCAGCGAAGAGAAUGACGUGAGUGUCGAACGUUGUGAGCUUGUCACUGUGGUCAACAUGGAGGACCCCGACUGGUACUGGGUCGUCAGAAGCAUGGGAGAGGAGGGAUUCGUACCAAGAUCCCACCUCUGUCCUUUCCCCGCCGACCUUGCCUUCAAAGAAGAGAUAUCAGGCACUAUGUCAACAGUAUCCUCCCAUUGUUAGGAAUGACGCCUUUUGUAACACAAUGAUCUGGAAUGUUGAAUAAUUUGACAUUAAAUCGUGAAUUCAUUUA